AUGUCAAAACUCUCUAAGAUGAACAUCAACCAUGCUGCCGGCAUUUACGCCGAUAUGUCGGUCGAUGGCCCUGCUAUCGGAACUCUCGUCAUCAUUGUUGACAGGGCGAAGAACCUCCCCAAUCGCAAGACUAUGAGCAAGCAGAAUCCCUAUUGUGCUGCCAGAUUAGGAAAGGAAGCUAAGAAGACCCAAACUGAUAUGCGAGGCGGUCAAACCCCCCGAUGGUAA